UCAGCCCACAAUUUGUGUAUUCCAUUUACUUUUAGUAUUUCUCCACAUUUUUGUCCCCAAAAAGAUCACAAUUGCCAAACUGUCCAUGUUAAUCUCCUUUUGUUCCUAAAUCUAAUUCUGUUUAGUUAUAGAUUUCGAGCUGAUCUUUAUGGUCCAUGAUUUCUCUAAUCACAUGGAUAUGGGUAGACAUAGCGAUGUUCGUGUUAGAAGAUGCCCACAAAUUGUUCGAUAUAAUGCCGCAAAGAAUUGUUUGACAUGCGCUUAAAUUCUCAUAUGAGUUUUGCCGUUGCAAGCUUAGCUUCAGAGCAGAAAUUGGAGAAGUAGAUUAAAAGAAUUGGAAAACAAACAGUAACUUGGGUACUGAAUUGGGUUUUACAUUAUAUGAUAGAUUUGGCUAAGCUUUAAAUGGCCUUUAAACAUGUGCAUAACCUUCUCUAUGUUUCAAAGUAUCUCAGAACCAAGCAAAAUAGAGCUAUGCAUUCGACUGUGAUGCUGUUUCACUGCGCAGAGGAAACCCACGAAGAGCCUUUACCUUCUGAAUGGUAUGAGAAGGCCAUCUUGAAGCUAACAAAACUGUCACACUUGUUAAAAGAAGUGGACUUGAUUGACGGAACGCUUGUUAAGAUUGCUGACCAUUCCACCGUCAUUGAUGAUAAUCUUGAACACAAUAUGCACACUUUCAAGUCGCUCGCUAGGACAUUUCUUGGGUCUGCAUCGAUGCAGCAAGCGUUAAAGAAGGAUGUACAAUGCAUACCACCUCUUUGCUUCAGCAAACCAAGUGAAAGGGAACCCAUCACCGUGAAUUCGCUCACCAAAAUAUGCAACUUUUUAAAUAUUUCUGCUCAGCAGAGGAAGUCGGUGCGUUUCUCAAUAUGCCGGCAGGUUACGCAGCACCAGAUAUGGACAGGUGCACUCGAGGAGGUACUGAACAGAUUAAAAUCUGAGAUUGAUGCUUUGAAUAAUCACCAUCCGAGCAAAGGGACUAAGAUGGGUCAGCAAAUAGUGUCUAGCUGUCUAAAUUUUUUAGACACUGCUCUUUCCUGUGACACUGACUCCACCUCAUGGAUGCGUCUUGCGGCUGCAAAGGUUGUGGAUUCACCUGCUUCCCAUAAAUGGGAAGAUGUUCUUCAAAUGACCAUUGACCUUACUAAGUCCUUGCAAAAUGAAAAGGAGUUGCUUUUACAUGUCACAAAGCUUGAGGUCAUGAAAGAAGGGCUUUUUCAGAUCAAGGACGUUCUCAUUGAUAAAAACAUCGGAUACAAGGAGACUCGGUAUCAAGAAAGUUUAGCGCAGAAGAAGCUGUCAAAGACAUUGGGUCAUUCGUCUCAAUGCUUGUUCACGCUUCUAUUGUAUUAUCUCUAUGGCAGGGUGACAGAUAUUGAAGUAGAACUCCGUGGUGGGGUUUAUGGAAGUGGUAGUGAGGAUAAAUUUUGCUUAUAUAUGGGGAAGAUUUUGACAUCAGAUGAGGAGAAGAUGGUAUGGAGUGGGGUGAAACAGUUGGACAGAGCUCUUGGUCUAUUCAAGUUCAUUUGGCAAACAGCAAAGAUGAAAGGGGUUCUGGAGGUGCAAGGCCAUUUAUGGUGUGUUGGGUCCGAGGACAGGUUGCUUAAAUAUAAAGGAAAUAUGUUCUUUCUACAUGGGAUCAGUCUCUAACCUACGGCCAUCUCUGAUCUCACCAAAAGAGUUAAAAGGGCUGUAUGUGUUGAUGCAUUCACAAGGGAUCACAGCAUGUGGCGAUAAGUUCACUAAAUAGCCCAUUGAUGUUUAGCAUGAAGAAUGCAUUCAAAAUUUGAUCUCUUAACCAUAGAAACCGAUCUGAUGCACUUAUUUCUUUUGCGCAUUGAGAACUGCAUAAAGCUUUGAAGUUUGAAGCUACAUAGAUAUAAUGAAACACCAGCUUUUAUGAAAAUGAAUACGAGUAGAAUUGCAGCAAUAAAAGAAACAACGGCCAGGGAGUCUUGACAUAGUCAUAUUUCAAAGCUGCCUUCUUUUGCCAAGUAGUCCUGCAGUUUAAGUUGAGAUUUUCAAAAAGCUUUUUCUUUACUGUGGCGGAGAGCAUCAAUAGAUGUUACGCAAGGUAUGCAAGUUGUUUCAUAUAAUUUAUGCAGUUUUCAGGAACUUUGUAGAUAAACAGAACGGGAAGCUAAACUUUUGUUUGGAUGAUAAAAGAAGUUUCCAAUUUUCAAGAACUCUACUAAAAUUCUCAUCGAUUAAAAAACUCUCUCUGAAAACAAGCUUGUCUUCAACUCAAUUUUUCAAAACAGUUUCUAGAAUACCAUCAACAAAAAAAAAAAAAUUAAUACUUUUUUUCUUUUUUCAGUUCUCUGAGAAUAUAAAACUGUUCUAUGAUAUUUUUCUGGUCCUAAGCUUUCUAAAAUUCCUCUUCUUCGGGAUAAAUAAAUAAAAAUGACAUUCUUCUUAUGAUGGAAGUUACCACUGGUCCACUGGAAUAAGUGGAAGUUCAACCUCAACCAAAGCUUGGUCUUCCCUUUCAUGUUCUGAUUUUCUUAAUAGCAUUAUCUUUCAAAUUUCUUGACUCACUGUAUUGAUAUUUGUAAACAUUUGCAUUCUUGUUAUGCUAGAAGGUAAUAAAGAGUAAAGACAUUCGUGCAUAACUCAAAGCACAUCUUAGAUAAGCAUAGUUUGAGUAGAAAUAGUGCUAUAUAUCACUAUUCCAAAGGACUAUUUUCCAUAAUUGACAUCUAUAGUUAAGGGUUUACCAACACACUAACAUGAUUUUAAAUACUGCACGCGCGCGCGUCUGUGUAUGGUGCAUUGGUGCUUAUUAUAUGAAUAUCAUUUUAACAGUAUAUACUAUGUACUAUUGCAAAAAGAAUUUAAAUGCAUAAAUUCUCUCAGAGCUAAGUCCUUCACAAAUUUUCUUGACCACCUGCCUUGUUGAUGAACAAAACCAACGGCAGAUAAUGCAUUAUCA